UUUUUUUAGAAAUUAUGCAAUCACUGUGUUUCCGGCUAGUUUGCGCUAGUAUACGCAUUCGUUGGAUAGGGGGCGUGUCUGGUUAAAUGCAUGAACCCCGAAGGCACACACUAGCUGAAGUUAGUGGGUUAGGGUAAGGGCGGCUAUCAUUAAAAAAACUCUGUCUACAAGUAGUAGGCUAGUCAUGUCAGAAAAGAGGAGCACGGAGCUGUCUGCAGAGCAGAAUGGCGUGGAUCCGCGCGUGACGACCCCGAAUGUUGGCAACAAAGUAACUGUGGUGCUCGGGGCUCAGUGGGGAGACGAAGGCAAAGGGAAAGUCGUGGACUUGCUUGCCCAGGACGCCGAUAUUGUCUGCCGAUGUCAGGGCGGUAACAAUGCUGGACACACAGUGGUGGUGGACUCUGUGGAGUAUGAUUUUCAUCUCCUCCCCAGCGGCAUCAUCAACCCCAAGGCCACCAACUUCAUCGGUAAUGGGGUUGUGAUUCAUCUACCUGGCCUCUUCGAGGAGGCGGAGAAAAACCUGCAAAAAGGAAAAGGUCUGGAGGGCUGGCAGACAAGGCUGUUCAUCUCGGACAGGGCGCACAUUGUGUUUGAUUUCCACCAGGCUGUGGAUGGUGUUCAGGAGCAACAGCGGCAGCAGCAAGCUGGGAAAAAAUUGGGAACAACGAAAAAGGGGAUUGGGCCGGUGUACUCUUCCAAAGCUGCUCGUAAUGGCCUGCGCAUCUGUGAUUUAAUGUCAGAUUUCCAGGAGUUCUCCAAAAGAUUUAAAGUCUUAGCGGCCCAGUACACCUCCAUGUACCCAACGCUGGAGAUCGAUAUUGAGGGGGAGUUGGAGAAAUUGAAGGUGUAUGUGGAGAAAAUUAAACCGAUGGUGAGAGAUGGGGUGCAGUUCAUGUAUGAGGCCCUGCACGGGCCUCCAAAAAAGAUCCUGGUAGAAGGAGCUAACGCCGCCCUGCUGGACAUCGACUUUGGUACGUACCCUUUUGUGACAUCAUCUAACUGCACAGUGGGCGGAGUCUGCACCGGGUUGGGCUUGCCUCCCCGGAAUGUGGGCAAGGUGUAUGGCGUGGUCAAGGCCUACACCACCCGGGUGGGCGUCGGCGCCUUCCCCUCCGAGCAGAACAAUGAAAUCGGGGACCUGCUGCAGGCCCGGGGAAAGGAGGUGGGCGUGACCACGGGGCGCAAGAGGAGAUGUGGUUGGCUUGACCUGGUCCUCGUCAAAUACGCCCAAAUGCUCAACGGCUUCACAGCCAUAGCUGUCACCAAACUGGACAUCUUGGAUGUUCUUCCCGAAAUUAAAGUGGGUGUGGCAUAUAAGGUGGAUGAUGUAGUAAUACCUCAUUUUCCAGCCAACCAAGAAGUCUUACAAAAGGUGGAGGUCCAGUACCACACCCUGCCUGGGUGGAACAGCGAUACAUCCACUGCCCGGACCUUCCAGGAGCUUCCUGAAAAUGCACAGAAAUACAUCCGCUUCAUCGAGGACCGUCUGGAAGUGCCUGUUAAAUGGAUUGGUGUGGGAAAGUCUCGUGAGUCAAUGAUCCAGCUCUUCUGAAGACCACCGGCUCCAGAGCAGAGGUCAUGAGCAUAGGGGUCAGGAGUCAAGGGUCCAGGGGACUCAUGCUGCGUGUAGACACUUGUCAGUGUAAAACUCUACAGUGUUUGGGCAACAGCAGAACCGUAACAUGCUAAUUGGGGUAGAGCCUGUUACUUAAUAUGCUCUUCUGCUUCCUGUCCUGUGACAGCGAACCCCAGCCCUUAUCCUCAGGUUAGUAGAGGGACCUGCAUAUCAGCAGUUUUUUUUUCACACAGGUAUUGCUUGUCUGACACUUUAGAGAUGGGAUUUAUUUUAUUAUAUAUGUAUUAUUAUGGUGUGUCCUCCUUCCUAGUCAGAACUGUCCUAUUUUCACACUGAAAGGGUGUGUGGGUGCUUUAUUCUGGUGUCACAGUUUCACGUGAAUAAAGUUUCCUGCAUCUUUUUCCUUCC